CUCUCCUUUCUUCCUUUUUCUUUCAGUAUUGGACUUGCCAUCGAUGAGUCCGUCAAGACCGAGUUGAGAGCAGUGCAAGGCUUUCUCACACUGUCUAAAACCGCGUGAGAAAUAGUCUUCCUCCUCUGAUCUCUCCUUUUCUCUCUCUCUUUACCUUCCGAUUCUCCCUAUCUUCCCCAAGCGUACAAGCUAACUACUUCUCUUCCAGACACAUAAAGCUCUCUUCACCUUCUAGAAAAACUCCACCUUUGUUGUUUCAGACAAUCUCUGCUUUCAAUCGCAUUUUCAUUACCAAAGUCAUCUUCCAGAAAGAGAAUGAUGGGAGGAAAGUGUAGCAAAGGCAAGAAGAAGGAGGAAACUUGGGGGUCACCUUCAACACCAGUCCAGAUCAAAAUCAACUCAGCUUACACAGAGCACUUGACCUCUUACGAAACAGCUUGCAGCGAAGAUCCAAAGCUCGAGUCUUUCGACUCGUCUCUCCACGAACGAACCACCCGAGUCAUCAACAAGCUCGCUUCAGGCGUGGAGAUCAAAUCCUUAUCCUUCGAUUCCCUCAGAGAGGUGACGCAAUGCCUUCUAGACAUGAACCAAGACGUGGUCAAAGUCAUUUUACAGGACAAAGAGGACAUAUGGAACAACCAAGACCUUUUCGGUCUCGUCAACUUGUACUUCGAAAGCACCGCCAAGACUAUGGACUUCUGCUCUGAGCUCGAGGGUUGUCUCAACCGCGCGAAGAGAAGCCAAGUCAUUAUUCAGUUCGCUGUUAAACUGUUCGAGGAAGAGGAGGAUGAUGGUAAUAACGAGGAUAGAAAGUACGAGAAGACUCUCGAGGAGCUUAAGAGGUUUAAGUUGGCUGGUGAUCCUUUUACUAAAGAGUUCUUCCAUCUUUUCGAUUCGGUGCAUAAACAUCAGGUCAUGAUGCUUGACGAGCUUCAUAAGCUGAAGAGGAGACUCGAUAAGAAGCUUAAGAACAUCAAAACAUGGAGGAGAGUGUCCAACAUGGUGUUUGUGACCGCGUUUGUCUCAGUGCUCAUCUUCUCGGUGGUGGCGGCCGCCGUGGCUGCGCCGCCUGUGGUGGCGGCUAUAGCCGGUGCGUUGGCUGUUCCUGUAGGGUCUGUUGGGAAGUGGUGCAACUCUCUUUGGACCAAGUAUGAGAAAGUGGUGAAAGGGCAGAAGGAGAUCGUUACUUCGGUUAGGAUUGGGACUUACAUAUCGGUUAAGGAGAUGGAUAAUAUAAGCGUGCUUGUGCGUAGAGUGGAAGUGGAGAUUGAGUCUCUGUUGAAGAACGCUGAGUUUGCUGUUGCUGAAGAGAAUGGUGUGAGGCUUGCGAUGGAUGAGAUCAAGAAGAAGCUUGAUGUGUUUACUGAUACCAUUGAAGAGCUAAGGGAGCAUGCGGAUAAGUAUUGUAGGGAUGUGACAAAGGCGAGGACUGUGAUUCUGCAGAGGAUAAUUCGGUACCCUACUGGUUCAACGACUGAAGAAGCUACUUGAAAUGUUGUCGUGAGAAGACGGAUUCGAAUUCGUGGUUGGCUUUGGAGAUUUUUGGUUUGUUUUCUUUAGCACAAGUAUUAUGGACAGCUAAAGAUUUGUUACUUAAGUUAUCAAAAGAAAAAAAAAUGUAUUAAUUGUAGUAGUUGCCAUGAGGUUUGCUGAAUGCAUUUACUUAAAUACUUUAAAGAUUUUAUGCGAUUGACUUUGGAUUUUAUAGAUCAAUCUUGUAUUUAGAUAUAAGUUUAUAAUUGAUGUCUC